AUGGGCGGGGAAAUAUGGUCGCACCAGCUAGACUACUACCUGACGUUGAUGGGCUACACUGUCGGAGUGGGCAGUAUAUGGAAGUUCCCCUACAUGUGUGCCAGGAAUGGAGGAGGUAGUUUCUUAAUCCCGUUCAUCAUUUUCACCCUGCUUGGGUCUAUACCACUGACGUAUCUGGAGAUGUUCGUGGGUCAAUAUUCCCGAGGUGGACCAAUCAGCGCCUGGAAAAUAUGUCCGCCAUUACGAGGGGUAGGCCUGGGUUCAGUGUUGAUCUCGUGGCUGUUCGCCAUCUACUACCCCGUGUUCUUCUCCUGGAUCCUGUACUAUCUCUACUUCUCCUUCUUCCCCACCCUCCCAUGGACACAGUGUCACCAGGAGUGGAACUCCCCGAACUGUGUAGAUGAAACUGCACGUGACAAUAACACGUUGAUGGCCUACAACUCGACAACAUCACUCAGCAACUUCUCAAACUACGGGAUGAACACCACACUCAGUAUACUGACAAACCUGUCGGCUGGAGACAGUCAUCCAGAAAUAUCGGCCUCCGAAGAGUUCUUUCGAAACCGAGUUCUAGAUAUGACAGAUGGCCUGGAGAACAUGGGAACGAUGAGAUGGCCGCUGGUCGGUUGUCUGGCCUUGACCUUCCUGUCUGUAUAUUUAUGCAUCCUCAAUGGAGUCAAAUUGUCUGGCAAGAUCGUGUACGUGACUGUGUCCUGUCCCUACAUCCUGAUCCUGGUAUUCCUGGUCCGUAGUUCCACACUCCCCGGUGCUGUUGACGGUGUCAUGUUCUACAUCAUGCCAGACUUUAAUAAACUUGCUGAUCCAAAGGUGUGGAUGGAGGCACUAGGAUUGAGUCUCUACCAGAUGGGAAUCAGCUACGGGUUCCUGAUAACCAUGGCUGCCCACAACCCAGUCACCAACAACUGUUUAAAAGAUGCAACUUUCAUCACAAUGCUCACGCUGCUGUCUCAGAUAUUCUUCGGCUUCGCGGUGUUCUGCAUCACCGGCCACGUGGCGUAUAAACGUGACGUCUCCAUCGACCACUUCCAAACAUCAGGUUUCAAGCUGGGUUUUAUUACAUAUCCCGAGGCGGCAUCAUAUCUCCCGUUUCCUCAGCUGUGGUCCGUGUUCUUGUUUGUGAUGCUCUAUACAUUAGGAAUAGACAGUUUGGUUCCCUCUUAUGAAGUUGUGACAGCCAUGUUCAGUGAAUGGUUCCCGAAUUUUGGUAAAAAGACGAUGGCUCCUCAACGCCUGUGUAUUGUUCCCCUCCUUCCUGCUGGCACUGCCGGCGGUGUAUAUUUUCUCACUCUUGUAGAGUGGUACGCCUUCUUCCCUGCUAUCAUCCUUUUCGCUAUGUUGGAGUGUGUCGUUGUCGGCUGGGUAUACGGUGGGUAUAUAAUAACACAGCAGGUACCUCCAACAGAAAUCACACAUCACUAG